GAAGCAGCAGCUCAUUGUGCCCACGCUCUCACUUGCAACUGCAGCUGUGUGUGCGGUUUAAACUUGAACCCGCGCUCGUCUGAUCACGUUCGCUGGUUGGCUUUUCUGCCUUUCUGGACAACUACAGAUUUUUAUUGAUCCAUUUAUUAAAAUCCAUCAGACCGUGAUUAUUUUGCCUGCGAUGUGAACGCUGUUGUUUUUCGUCAUAUCGUUCCAAGAUAAACCAGAUCGAAAUUUCUCCUUACGCUCUGGAACGUGCGAAAGCGAUCUUGAACGUGGGCCGUUUUAUUGGAAAUUCAUUGCCGUAUUCUUUAAACAGGAAUUUGGUGGAGUUGCUGCUUGUUUUAUGAUUUAUCCAUCGGCAUAAAUUUCUGUAUCGCAACUAAUAAUUUAUAAAUGCGAGUCAUCGACAGACCCGAUUAGGACACUUCGGCGUGGUUUUGACGCUCUUUAAUCUUGCAAUCAGUUAUGUAAUCUCCGUAUGCAUUGACCGGUCUUUUCGCGUGAUCAUCACAGCUGAUAAGCAUGACGUAAUCCCGGACAAACAAUCGAUAUCAGUCAUAUUAUCAGAUGCUCCGCAGCGACGUUGCAUUCCUUGCCAGUGAUCUUUCCAUUCCGUCAAAAUGGUCUCCCGCGCAUCCUGCAGUAUCUCCUGGAACUACGUGAUCAAAAUCCUAUUGGCCACCGGUGUCUUCUUCCUGUUCAUCUUUAUCAUGCACGGCUACGGCGGGGAAUCCGCGCCCGGUGCCGCCGCGCGGUUGUGUGCCAGCGCCGACGCCCGGCAGCGCUGUCGUUUCCAUGAUCCCGCCGCGCAGAAGACGGCGUUCCCCAGUCACAUGUUUGACCGGCUGGAGCGGCGGGUGGAGGGACGGUUGCGUGCGCAGUGCGGGAGUGGAUCGUGGAAUCAGACGGCACGGGUGUUGGCGCAUGAUUACGGCAACUCGCGGGGAUUGGGGAAUUAUAUGUUUAUGCUGGCGUCCACCAUGGGACUGGCGGCCUCCAGCGGACGGACACCGAUUCUGGACGACGUGGGCGACCGGCUGAAGAUGUUCAAGAACUUCUUUCCCCGCCGCACCACCCAGGACCGCAAGGCCGCCGCGUACGUCACCAACAUGCCACUGUGCGGUUUCUACGACCCCGGGCUCUCCCCCCGCCUGGCCGCCAACACCACGCCCUCCCUCCUCCUCAGCGGCUACCUACAAUCCUACAAAUUCUUCCUCCCGAUCCGCGACACCAUCCGCUGCCACUUCACCUUCACCCCCUCCACCUACACGACCGCCGUCGCCGCGCUCAAAGCCCACCUGCAGCCCUUCCCCGUGGCGCUGUUAAAUUCCCACCGCUUGAUCGGCAUGCAUGUGCGCCGCGGGGAUAUCGUCCCCGGGACGGCGUCCCAUAAACAAGGCCACACCCCGGCCUCCGACCAGUAUCUCGUGGACAGCUACGACGCCCUGAAAGCGCAGUACCAAUCCCGGACGAUUUUCAUCGUGUUGAGCAAUGAUGUGCGGUAUUGUCAGCGGUUGUUCGACGGGAAGGGGAAUAUCGUGUACAUGGAGGGGAAUUCGGCGGAGGUGGAUUUGGCGGUGCUGACGCUGAUGGACGAUAUUGUGCUGACGGUGGGGACGUACGGGUGGUGGGGAGCGUACCUGAGUGAUGCCGCCACGGUGCGCUAUUAUGAUCUGUGGCCGCGGCCCGGCUCAGCGAUUGCCGCGGAGUACAACCACACGGAUUUCUUCCCGCCGCACUGGACGGCUGCUCAUUGAUGACUGAUCAGUAUACUAAAUUUUUUUAUUUUUUUAUAAUAAUUUGUGUUUUAUUGAAGUGGCGGAAACGCCGCACCUUGCUGAUUGCGAAUUUGUGACGAUACUGAUGAUCCAUGGGACCACGGUGUGCCAAAGAAGAUGAUAAACAAAAAGAUUGA